UACACGACUUGAGCGCCGCGAUUUCGCACGCGCCAAAAAAUCGGAGUCGAAGAUCGGCGCUUAAGGUUGCAGGAGUAGUUGUAGUGAAUCUGUUGAGAGUUUGCGGAUAUAAAAUUUUCUUCACAGUUGUCAUGAGAUGGCCCUGAUCGUUGACAAAACCCGUGAUCACGUGAUAUCGACUGCCGAACGUGAAAACGAGAGCGCGGAAGCUGCGGUAGACUUUGAAACUGCGGUAUCGGCCACUGGGUAUGGACUAUUCAACGUGCUUCUUCUGAUGGCGGCGAUUCCGGCCGGAUGGACAACGGUCUUCGACACUUCGACCACCGCAUUCAUAAUGCCAUCGGCGGAGUGUGAGCUUGAUCUAAGCCUUUUUCGAAAGGGGUUAUUGGCCGCCAGUACUUACGCAGGAAUGAUAUGCAUCGCUGUUGUGUGGGGCUUUACAGCGGACCAUAUAGGAAGAAAGUACCUUUUGCUCUUCGGCCUGAUGUCAGACACGCUUUGCAACGUCUUCGGCAGUGCCGCCCAGAGCUACUACGUUUACCUGUCGUUCAAAUUCACCAGCGGUAUAAUCGUUGGCGGUCCUUUUGCUAUCCUGAUGACGUACAUCGCUGAAUUUCACGGCGAACGUCAUCGGAGCAGAGUUCUUAUGUGGACGGGAUCGCUGUUCGCCCUUGGAAACGUCGCGGUUCCAGCAUUGUCCAGUGCCGUGUUGCCCCGGGCAUGGUCGUUUUCGCUAUUCAACAAUUCGCUGAUCUUUGACGCUUGGAGAAUAUUUUUGUUGAUCUGCGCACUGCCACCGUUUCUGGGAUUUGUGGCGAUGUGGAGCUUUCCAGAGAGUCCGAAAUUCCUCAUGACGAAGGGGAGAUCGGAGGAGGCUCUCAAAGUAUUUCGACGAAUGUAUUCGAUGAACACUGGAAAGCCGGAGGACGAUUAUCCGGUGAAAAUUUUGCGAGUAGAGAACGUGGCCAAGCUUCAAACGCCAUUGGAACCAGCGAACAGAUCAUCUCGUGAUGGAUCGCGGAGAAGUUUUUAUCGCAUGAAAUUCCUCUUCCCAACACCGUAUAUCUUCCCUCUAUUCACCAUCAAUGUGAUUAUUUUCGCAAGCAUGACCGGGAUGCACGUAAUGAAAUCGUGGCUACCCCAGCUAAUCGUUAUUCUGAACAACUUCGACCCCAAGGAGUCGGACGACUCUCCCAUCGUGCCGACAAUUUGUGAAAAACUUAACGUCCAAGCCAUCGAAGCUUUUGGUGCCCAGGCGGCUCUUGCUCUUGGCAAUACAACCGAGACUUGCAUUCCGAUGAUCGUUUCAACCACAGUUUAUACCAAUGCUACCAUCAUUGCCGCGUCCGCAGUUACGGGCUCUUUCUUAGUCGGGGCCAUCGUCAACAAGGUCGGGAAGAAAAGCAUUUUGCUGGUAUCUCUGGUGUCCGGAGGAUCGUGUUAUCUGGGUUUGAGCUUCUCACCGUCGACGACGAUAUUCCUCGUACUUUGUUCGGCGAUUAUCGCACUUACGGGUAUAUCGACGAACGCGAUAACCUCGAUGAUAAUCGAGGUCGUCCCAACGAGCCUGAGAGCUACCGCUGUAAGCGUCACCCUGAUGACGGGCAGAUUCGGAGCACUGACUGGAAAUUUAUUGUUUCCUAUACUUCUAAGUGUAUCCUGCGACGCCCCGUUCUACUACAUCGGUGGAUUUCUCACGUUGUGCUUUGUGCUGGCAAUAUUCCUGUCAAAAUAUUCGGGAAAACUACCGUAGCAACAGGGUGCUGAUGACUGAGGAUAUUUAUCAGGCAUUCGAGCAAUCUUGGAAAAUAACAAAUUGUAAAUACAGACAAUAUUAGUGAUAUUAACUGCAUUUUGCACGUAUAUGCAGUUAGAGCAGUGAAUAAAAUAUUUUUUACAUACA